AUGAAGUCUGCCUCAAGUUCCCGCGGCGGUGGGUCCGGUGGGCGUGGUGGUGGCGGCUGGGGUGGUGGCUGGGGCGGGGGUCGAGGCGGAGGAGGCAAAGGAGGAGGAGGGGAUGGCGGCCCCGGAGGCAAAGGCGGUUUCGGGGCGCGGUCGCGUGGCUUCGGGGGCGGAGGCCGGGGGCGGGGGCGCGGAGGCGGGGACAGCAGGGACCGUGGUGGCAGCGGGCAGCGGCGUGGCGGCGUGGCCAGGAGCAAAAACCGCCGGCGGAAGGGCGCCAAUGCCGUGACGGUGGAGCCACACAGGCAUGAGGGUGUCUUCAUCUACCGCGGAGCGGAGGACGCGCUGGUAACGCUGAAUAUGGUGCCGGGCCACUCGGUGUACGGCGAACGGCGCAUCACAGUGACUGAGGGCGGCGUGAAGCAGGAAUACCGCACAUGGAACCCCUUCCGCUCCAAGCUGGCAGCCGCAAUCCUGGGCGGGGUCGACCAGAUCCACAUCAAGCCCAAGUCCAAAGUGCUGUACCUGGGUGCUGCCUCGGGGACCACGGUGUCUCACGUCUCUGACAUCAUCGGCCCCGAUGGCCUUGUGUAUGCGGUUGAGUUCUCCCACCGCGCUGGCCGCGAUCUGGUUAAUGUGGCCAAGCAGCGAACCAACAUCAUCCCAGUUCUCGAAGAUGCCCGGCACCCACUCAAGUACCGCAUGCUCAUAGGAAUGGUGGAUGUGAUCUUUGCCGAUGUGGCCCAGCCUGACCAGUCCCGCAUAGUGGCUCUGAAUGCCCACACCUUCCUGCGCAACGGGGGCCACUUCCUUAUUUCCAUUAAGGCCAAUUGCAUUGACUCCACUGCAUCUGCUGAGGCGGUGUUUGCUUCAGAGGUGAGGAAGUUGCAGCAGGAGAACUUAAAGCCUCAAGAGCAACUGACCCUGGAGCCCUAUGAGAGGGACCACGCUGUAGUCGUCGGGGUCUACCGGCCCCUUCCCAAGGGCAGCAGCAAGUAGCAGUCAGCAAGGGCUGUCCUUGAGAUCUCCCCAAGACUGUGCUGUGUUCAGUA